AUUGUCAUAAUAUUUUUUGUUGAUCACACUCGUCGCUUUAAUUUCUGUUAGAAAUAAAUAAAGAAAACUUUAUUAAUUUAAAAAAUAUAGAAAGUUUUACACACUAAAAUAACUCUUAAAACUAUUUACCAGUGAUGUGCGAAUUGCUUAUGCCGUUAUAACGCUAAGCUCAAAUUAUGGAUGAUUCCACCACUGACUCCCUGAGGAAGCUGGCUCCGAGCUGGACCCUGGCUGGAGAUGAGCAGCUCCUCAACAUAUUGCAGUCUACACAUCAGAAACUGCUGUCCAGAUGUCAGGAGGCGAACAGUCAGCUGGAGAAGAUGGCCACAGCCCUCAACGACGCCAGCAUCAGCCUUCAAAAUGUAAACAACCAGUUUAUGGCACUAAGCAGCAGCCAGUUCAUAGAGAGCCGAGUCUAUGAUGAUGAUGAGGUCACCACCGAGCCACCUGCAACCAAGGAAUCUCCGAAACAAGAAAUACAAGAUGAGCUGACGUGUCUGAAGCGCAGUAUAGCGGUGUUGGAGCAGUCACACGAGAUUAUAACCAUACUGCAGGACAGCGACACUGAAUCUGAUACCGACGACGACGUGCCCGCUAGGAUGGUCCUGAAGCCCAAGGACAUGUACUGGGAGCGCCCACUACCCUACAUCAUCGGUUCACAGCCCUGGAAGAACAAGUGGCAUGCAGGUCUGGUUGUGGAAGCGAGUGACAGUGACAGUUCAGUAAGUCAGCGCGGGGAGGACAGCGAGCAGUACUCCCACUCCGACACGGAGGACCUCACCACGCCCCGCCCUCCCCCACCCCCGCCAAUACACGCUAAUGUGUCGGAGACCAGUUCCUCGCUUCCAUCAGAGCAGGGCUCCAUACCGCGGCCGACGCCGUCAGAUGUCGCUAGUGACAUCGCACGCAGACUUGGCGCUACACUACCUAACAAGGUGGUGGAAAGAGAACCUUCACCUGAGGAGCCACCGCAACCAGCAUCAAGGAAGAUCUACCGUCCACAGGAUCCAGUUCCCAGUACAAUAUUCUCUGACGAGCCGCCCCCCCUAUCAGACCAUUCCGACAGCCAAGACUCCGACAUAUUCGCGGAGAUACACCGGCAGGCGGCCAGCGAGCCUCGCCAUGACAUGUUCCAACGGCGUGAUGAUGCAGAGGAUCUGUUCACUGGUCUUGGGCGUCCCACCAAAUCAUCACAACCUUCAGCUCCUGUACAACAAAGAAAUUCCCAUCGCGAUGAUGAUGAUAAUUACACUGCUUAUAAUCAACAGCAAGACAUUAAGAACUAUGAGAAGCCAUCUCCUGAUCCUGAUAUGGAUAGAGGCGUGAAGAAACCAAUCGGCGGUAUUUCGCUGUUCGGCAACAAAGGCACGGAGAGUAUAGGCGCCGCCAUCUUAAAAAGGAACCAACGUAAAUCGUCUACAUCCGGUGACGAAAGCGACACUGACUCCCGUUCCGAAACUCAACCUAAACAACAAAUUAAGACAGAAAAAGAUAUUUUCGACGAUCUUUUCGCCAGAUCCGAAGGCAGAAAGGUUGCCAAAGAUAAAACUGAUUUAACAAAAGAUUUGAAAAACGAAAUCCAAAAGAAGAAUAAAGAAAAAGAUAGAAACAAUGAAAAAGUCGAGAAACCAAAAGUUGAUUUGUUUAGCGAUGAUCUAUUUGAUGAUAUUGAUGAUAUAUUUUCUAGUAAUGUGCCUAAAGUACCUCCCAAAGAUAAUAAAAACAAUAAAUCUAUAUUUGAAGAUGAUGAUGAUCUUUUCUCAGAAAUUGCACCCUCUAAACCAACGAGAAUCGAAGUGGCUACCAGUAGUAGCGUCAAGAAAAGUUUAUUCGACAGUGAUGAUGAGUUAUUUGCUGAUAAUUUGCAAGAGAAACCAGAUAAUAAACCUAAAGUCAAAGAAGUAGAAGAGAAUAAAGCUAAAACAGAAUCUUCUAGAACAAAUAAAGAAGUAACUAGAAGUAUAUUCGAUGAUGAUGACGAUGAUUUAUUCAAUGAUUUGAAGACUACUAAAGGUAAUGAUGUGAAAGUACAAAGUGAUACGUCUGUUAAUAUAGAAAAGGCUGAUGAUGGAAAAAGUGGUAAAAUUGUACAAAAUACAUCAAAUGUAUUCAAAAGUCCGUCAUUAUUUGAUGAUGAUGACGAUGAUGAUGGUGAUCUGUUCGCUGCAGCAGUCAAAUCUAGUAUCGCAGUAAAUGAAAAACCAUUAGUCAAAACUGAUGAAGUAAUUAUUGAUGAUGAUGUUAAACCGUCAAGCUCAGUUAAAACUGAUGAUUUAGAAGUAGUUAAGGAUGAUAAUUUAACUGGAAAUGGCAAUUCUAAAGCAAUUAAAAUAGAUAAUAAAACUGAGGAUUCCAAACCAGUCAGUGAACUAGAAAAAAAAGAUAUAGGUGAAAAUGUUAUAGUAGAUAGUAAAAAUGAAAUUAUUAAUAAAGAUAUUACUGGUAAUAGUGCAGCUAAAAUAUUUGAUCACAUACAUAAAAUAGAACAAAGCGAAUCAGAGUCAAAUAACGACUUUAGUGAUCAAGAUUUCGAUGAUUUACCCCCAAAACCUGAAAAGCCAGCAGCUACUAAUAAUUUAGCAAACGAUAAUAAACCCAAACCCAUAGUGAAAGAGAAUAUUUUUGAUAAAACAACUUUAGAAGAAGAUAUAGAUGAACUGUUUACAAAAGCUCAAGAGAAACAAAACACUGAACUAAUAUUUGAAACGGAACCGCCAGAAAUUACUGACACGAUACCUGAAUUCGAUAAAAAGACUGAUACUGACAAUAAUGGAGAACCCAGGAAAGCUACAGAGACGGAUAUUUUUAACGAUAUUGUAACAGAACCACCAGUUUUUGAGAAACCCAAAGAACCGAAGAAGAGUAAGAAUGUUAACGCACUGUUCGACGAUGACUCCGACGAUGAAAGUCUAUUUUUCAAAAAGAAUGAUCAUGUUUUCGAAGAUCAUCCGAAUGAUUUUACUCCGGCACAAGAUAGAAUAUUUGGCUUGUUCGCUGAUGAACCGCCCGAUGAUGGAUUCGGGAAAAUCAGUGAUGUUGAUGAUGAUAUUUUUUCUUCAGUACCUAAGGCUAGAGUAUCGAGGAAUGAGAAUUUGCCUCCUUUACCAGUUCACGAGGUUGUUGCCGAAAAUAAUGAUAAACUUACUAAAUUAGAAAACGAAGAAGAUAUAUUUAACACAGUAGCACGUGUAGAAAUAUUAAGAGACACUAAAAUUGAUGACGAUCAUAGAGGCGAUGACAUGUUUAAAAGACCAAAAUCAUCAUUUCCUUUAUCAGAUGAUGAUGAUGAAGCAGAUUUAUUCAAAGUACCUGAAAUUCCAAAACCUAGUCUGAAAGAGAAACCGGCUUUAGAUUUAUCUGAUGAUGAUAAUCUUUUUUCGAAAAAACUUGAAAAUAAACCUGCGGUAGUUGAAAUACCUACAGUUAUCCCAGUAACUGAUAAAGUCCAAGAGUCAAAUAUAAAGAGUUCCAAUGAUGAAUUGUUUGUUACUGAAAAACAUGAAAAAGUGAAUGUUGUUAGUGAAAAAGAUUUAGAUGUAGAUUCUAAAUCUGAUGAAGAGUUAUUUAAAGUCACUGAAAGUAAGCCUACGCCUGAAAAGGAUGCUGAAGUAAAAAGUAAAACUUCAGACGACGAACUCUUCUCUCCGGUAAAAACUGUAAAACCAGUUGAAAAUACAGUAAAAGAACAUGAAAAAGAUUCUAAACUAGAUGAAGAUAUUUUCAAAAUACCCAAAGCUAAGCCUGAAAUUGUAAAUAAACUAGAAAAUGCUCAAGAAGCAAAGACUACGGACACAAAGAAAGUUGGCAAACUAAAAGUAGGUCUUAAUAUUAAUGUCAACGCACUACUGCCAGGAGCAUCGCCUAAAAAAAUUAAACCGAACGAUCAAACAGAUGGACUGACUCAGAGCGUACUUGAAACUCAGAGGACUGAAGCCAAAAUCCUCUCAGAAGUACAAAAACAAGAACCAAUCAAAACUGAAUCUCAAAACACAGAUUCUACGCUAGUAGUAGUAAAAUCUGUAAGUUUUGAAGAAAACCCUGAUUCAGAGGUACUAGAUAAUAAAAUAUCUAAGGAAAGGGCUAAAAUUCAGGUCAAACGCCGCCCCUCAACUAGACGGGCGAGAAAAGAAGCGGUCAGGAAGUCUGCCAUAGACUUUGGAGAAGACUCUACAGAUAAUUCUAGCUCCAUAGACGAUCCGCCUAAAAAUGUACCUGAAAUCACUCAACCUAGCAAAGAAAGUGAAGUAAAAAUUACAACCGUUGAAAAUCCAGACAAACAUUCUCAAGCAGCUGAAGAAAAGACUGCAAAACCAAUCGUUGAGAGUGCUAAAACUCCUGAAAUUACUGAAAAAUAUGUUGAUAAACAACCAGUUGUAAAAGAUGUGAAAACUGAAACACCAGUAAAACCUAAGGAAAAUAAAGAAAAACACACUGAAACUGCUGUAUUAGUUGGAAAACAUAAAGAAAAUAAAGAAAAAGAAUCGUCUUCAAAAGAUAUAAAGUCUAAAAUCGUUUACAUACUUAACGACGAAGAUAUAUUUAAUACAAGUCCAGUCGAAAAAGCUGUAUCUAGUCAGAAAACUGAAAAUCAAGACUCAAAAACAGGCAAAGUUUAUAAAGAGGUUGAUGGAAAAAAUGAUGGGAAAUCGCUUUUCGAUGACGACGAUGAUAAUGAUGACAUAUUUAAAGCUAAAGUGCCUGUAAAGAAAAAUACUAUAUUCGAUUCCGAUAGCGAAGAAGACCUUUUUGGAAAUGCUAAAAAGGGGAAGAAAGAUAGAGAAGCAACAAAGAAAGAGAUAAAGAGAGAAGUGGUGAAGGGAUCGUUGUUUGGUGAUGACGAUGAUGAUGAUGAUGAUGAUCUUUUCGGUGUUAAAACAAAGAAAGCUGUUGAACGCAAUCCCCAACCAGUUCGACCGACAUCCAGUAAAGAACCAGCUAAACCUACGGAACCAGUUUUUGCAGAUCCCCUAUCAAUGUUCGGGGACGACGAUUAGUUCACGAUUCAUAUAAGAGAUGGCGUUAGUGGGUAACGUAUGUUUGUUGAAAAAAGU